ACGAAGUGGCUCUCUGGUCGGGCCGCUCCGGAGGAGAUGUCGCUGACCUGGCUGAAAGCAAACUCAGAGGGGAAGCUUACAAAACAGAUUUGCAAAGUUGUAUUGGAUCAUUUUGAAAAACAGUAUUCCAAAGAGCUUGGAGAUGCUUGGAGUACGGCAAGGGAUAUACUAACAUCUCCAUCAUGCUGGCAAUAUGCUGUCCUGUUGAACCGAUUCAAUUAUCCUUUUCAACUAGAAAAGGAUUUACAUUUGAAGGGCUCUCACACACUCUUUCAAGGAUCUUCAGCCUAUUUUCCUGAAUCACUGAAGUGUUACCUUAGCAGAAGUCCAGACCGAAUGCCUUCUGAAAGACACCAAAUGGGAAACCUGAAGAAAUACUACCUGCUAAACGCUGCCUCCCUUCUCCCAGUGCUGGCUCUGGAGCUCCAGGAUGGGGAGAAGGUGCUGGAUCUGUGUGCUGCUCCUGGGGGCAAGUCAGUAGCUCUGCUGCAGUGUGCUUAUCCAGGUUAUCUUCACUGUAAUGAAUCUGAUCGUCUGCGGUCAAGGUGGCUCAGGCAGACGCUGGAAUCUUUCAUCCCGCAGCCUUUGGUGAACGUAAUUAAAGUGUCAGAAUUGGAUGGCAGAGAGAUGGGAGAUGCCCAGCCUGAAACAUUUGACAAGGUGUUAGUUGAUGCCCCAUGCUCAAAUGAUCGCAGUUGGUUGUUCUCUUCUGACUCUCAGAAGGCAGCCUGUAGGAUAAGCCAGAGGAGGAAGUUGCCGACUCUACAGAUAGAACUCUUAAGAUCUGCAAUUAAGGCUCUGCGUCCUGGAGGGUUACUUGUUUACUCGACAUGCACGCUUUCCAAGGCAGAAAAUCAAGAUGUGAUCACUGAAAUUUUGAACACCUGCAGUAACAUCAUGCCUGUGGACAUUAAAGGAGUAGCAAGGAUGUGCUCCCAAGACUUCACCUUUGUUCCCAUUGGCCAGGAAUGUGGACUUUUGGUAAUUCCAGAUAAGGGCAAAGCCUGGGGCCCAAUGUAUGUGGCUAAAUUGAAAAAACUGAAUCGUGUGUGAUUGGCAACAUGUAUUUUAUAAACCAUGUUAAUACAUUAAUAUAUUUUUAUGGGGUCUUAAAAUAUGUUACUAUUUAAAUAAUUAUACAAUUAUUUCUGGAAUUCUAGUUAGUAAGAACUUCAACAUCUCAGAAUCUAGACUUGAGAAUUUUUCAGGUAGAUGUAUUUUCCCUCCCUAGAAAUAUGUCUGUAGCGAUGAUUUAAGGUGGUGCAGAUGGUGUUUGUUCAGUACAAUAAAUCUGCUGUCUCUGA